UUUUUCCUUUGGACUAUCCGUCUAACCUUCUGCUGCUCUGCACGCAAAAUAGUUCGGCCGCCUCAUUUCAUCUUCCGUCAUAUUCUUUUCAUCACUGGGGCGGGCGGGUAGGUCUUGGGUUAUUGGGGGCAAGCCCCAUAGCCUUACUGAUAUUACACCUCGCUCCUCAAACUCUGCGAUUCACGGAUUCAGGUAAUCGAUGGAUUCGCAGGAAUCGCUGCUUCUGUCUACCCGUAAGUCCGCUGCACCUCAUAGCUGCGUCCCUCCUUCUCAAACAGUCUCUUCUCACUCUGGUAAUCGGAGCUCUCGGACAGAAUUGAUGGAUCAAUUAUCAGAUGAUUUGAUUGCUGAUAUACUCUCUCUAUUGGACACCAAGGAAGCCGCUAGAACGAGUGUUUUGGGGAGCAGAUGGAGAUUCUUGUGGGCUCAAUCACCCAAUCUUGUUUUUGAAUUCCUCGAUUGGUAUCAACCUAACCAGAGAAAAGAAUUUGUUGACGGCAUGAACAGGCUAAUUGGUGCUCGUAAGGGAAAAAAACUUGAAAAGCUUACCAUCAACUUCAAUGAUUGUUCUAUACCAGACGUUGAUCAUUGGAUAGAUUUUGGGUGUGAGAGCAAUGUGCAAACUGUGAAAUUGAGGAUUCAGAAUGAAAGGCAUCCCUACAUACUUCCAAAGAUCAUGUAUACUAGUUCAUCUCUAGUAUCAUUAUCUUUGGAAUUUUGUAAUAUACAACCACCUGAGGGAAAAAUGAAAUGGCCUUCUUUGAUAAAACUCCAAAUUUCAGGAGUCCAGAUAUCCCAACCUGUCAUGGACAAUAUACUCGAGGCCUCCCCACGAUUAUCAUCUUUGCAAUUGCAUCAGUGUUGGGGAUUUACCCAUUUGACCAUUAACUCCAAAAACCUACAUGAUCUAGUGUUGAGGGACCCAGAAGGUCAAAGGGAGCUUGAGCCAGUCUUGACCAUUUCAGCACCACAUAUAAAAUAUGUGGAUCUGUUGGUGUAUCAUAUGAAAAGAAAAAUUCAGCUACAACCUUGCUCCUCACUAGUGAGCGUAGGAUACAACUUUAUCGGCAUGAAUAAAAUUAUACCAAAAGCUGUAUCCAUUAAUACGAGGGCCUUCUUUGAUGAGAUCCAUCACAUUCAAGCGCUAUAUUUACAUGAUGCUUCCAUUCAGGUUGUAUCAAAACUUUUGGAUUACGGUUGGCAGCUGCCAACAGGGAACAUUAGGUGCUUGAGAAUGGAUGUUGCAUGGGAUGCUAAACAAACCCUUCUGGGUUCUCUAGAUUUACCUCUGUGUACUCUAGUCAUUCUAAAUGCUUCUCCAACCAUUGACACUUUGAUCAUAAGUUGUGAUUAUCCUCAAGUGUUGGAGGACAACUGGACCCAACUAGCAAAGGAGAAGUGUAAUGGUGAUUUUAUAAAUUUGAAGUUUAUCAAGUUAAUCAACGUGGUGGGAGAUUCAAGUGGUGAUCCCAUCAGGACUUUGGCCCAAAUACUUUUGGAGAGAACACCAGCUCUACAAAAAAUGGAAAUAUGGUUCAAUGUUCGAGAUAGAGAUGACUUCAUGAAAAUAAGCCAAACCGUGCAUGCCUUCCCAAAGUCCUCGACAGAGGCUUUAAUGUUGCUUCAUUAGAUUGAUUACUUUUUGUGUGUGUGUGAGUAGAUUACUUUUAUGUUUUAAUUUUCACAUUUUACAUGGAUAUAUGUUAAGACCUAUGGUUUCAUCCUAAAAGGUCAACCAUGUUAGGAGGAGUAGCCCAUGUAUUAAUAUAACACUUUAUUUAUUCAAAUCUUUCCGAUGUGGAACAUUUAAAACCCCUCAUCACGACCAUACACUUCGUCUUGAUCGUGUCAUCAACCUCAUCAUUAGUUUAUUUUUCA